UGGAGGUCGGGCAGCAGCGAACAUGGAGGUUUAGUUCUCGGCUGAUGUCCACCAGAGCAGGAGGGCCUCACUAAACCGUUUCACUUUUCCUUUGUUAUACUUUGUUUUUUCCGCCCUUCUUUCGACAUGGACAUGAAGAAGAGGAUCAGCCUGGAGCUGAGGAACAGAAAGCCCACCGAGGUGGCGGAGCUGGUAGUGGAUAACUGUCGCUCAGGUGACGGGGAAGUGGAAGGUCUGACGGAUGAGUACACAGAGCUGGAGAUCCUCAGCAUGGUGAACGUCGGCCUCAGCUCGCUCGCCAAACUGCCAUCGCUGCCCAAACUACGCAAGCUGGAGGUCAGUGAUAACACCAUCGCAGGAGGUUUGGACACACUGGCAGAGAAAUGUCCAAACCUGACGUACCUGAACCUGAGCGGGAAUAAAAUCAAAGAACUGAGCAGCAUCAAGGCGCUGCAAAACUUGAAGAACCUGAAGAGUUUGGACCUAUACAGCUGUGAGAUCACCACGCUGGACGACUAUAGAGAGGGCGUGUUUGAGCAGCUGCCACAGCUUACGUACCUGGACGGAUACGACCAGGAGGACAAUGAGGUGCCCGACUCCGAGGCCGAUAACGACGAUGACGAUGAAGGCGGUCCACAUGGAGACCUUGAUGACGACGAGGACGAUGAGGAGGACGACGAGGAGGGCUCCGACGGAGACGAGGAUGAGGUCGGCCUGUCGUACCUGAUGAAGGAGGGAAUCCAGGACGAAGAGGACGACGGCGACUAUGUGGAAGAGGAGGAGGACGAAGAGGAGGAAGAGGAGGAUGGAGAUGAGGACGGAACAGCUGUUCGAGGGGAGAAGAGGAAGAGAGACGCCGAGGACGAAGGUGACGAUGAUGACGACGAGUAGUUGGACCGCCUUCACUCGCUAUACCACCUGACCCCGACCUCUUCUCAGACUCCGCCCCCUCCGAUGACCUCUGACCCCUGUUGGCCUCAGAGCUGCAGACUGGCAGGAGGUUCAGCUGAGAUCAGGUUCAGGAGCUCACUCACCUGCAUUUACCUGCUCAUAGCUGAUGACGUCAUCGUUACCUUGGUGACGUUAUCAGCUGACAAGCAGGUAACUAAUCAACAAGCUGACUGAUCAACAAUCCUGAUUGGUCUUAAGUUUUUCUACAACCACAGCUGCUGUGAAAUCUUAUUGAUUAUCAAUCAGCUGACCUCAAACACAUCUGACAGGUUUGUUUCUCAAUAGUAAAAAAAAUAUACGAAUAUGUAUAAACUAUUCAAGUCACAUCUCAUAAUGUUAAAGUCUCACCUUCAUGAUUAUGCAUAAGUGAUAAUACUGGAACUUAGGUUACAUCACUUUAAUAUUAAUUUCAUUUUGUGCUGCUUUCACUUUGGUAAAGCAUUUGAACAGAAACACGCUGCAUUGAUCUAAAAAUAGACUUUCAGCGCCGCCAUUUUCUCACUUUCGAGCAUUGUUAAAUGAAUCAUUUAGCAAUUUAUUGAUCUGAUAUCGAUCAAGUCUUCAAAUACGAGGUGUGAUCAAAAAGUUCAGAGUCUGCUUCUGUAAAAUUCAAAACUGAUUUAAAUUUAAUCUCCAUUUCACUUGAAGUGUCUUCUUGUGCAGUGAUGCUCUGCUUCCAGAGCUCCUGCAACACUUACAACAUUCCAACGUAACGGUGAUUUUAUUGUUGUGGACAAAAAAACCAAAUGCAUUUUCAGAGUGUCACAAUUCAGAUGGUUUACUGAUCCGUCCCUAACCCUCCAAGCUC